CCAGUGAUAUUAGGCUUGCAUUUUCUUUCUUUUUUUUUUUUUUUUUCUGUUCAGAUAUGAUAUCUUUUCUACACAUUUUUUUUCCAGUUCUAACAUUGAUUUUAUUUGUUCUUGGAAAUUUUGCCAAUGGCUUCAUAGCACUGGUAAAUUUCAUUGACUGGGUGAAAAGAAAAAAGAUCUCCUUGGCUGACCAAAUUCUCACUGCUCUGGCGGUCUCCAGAGUUGGUUUGCUCUGGGCAUUAUUAUUAAAUUGGUAUUUAACUCAGUUGAAUCCAGCUUUUUAUAGCGUACAGUUAAGAAUUACUUCUUAUAAUGCCUGGGUUGUAACCAAUCAUUUCAGCAUGUGGCUUGCUGCUAGCCUCAGCAUAUUUUAUUUGCUCAAAAUUGCCAAUUUCUCCAACCUUAUUUUUCUUCAUUUAAAGAGGAGAGUUAGGAGUAUCAUUCUGGUAAUACUGUUGGGGGCUUUGUUAUUUUUGGUUUGUCAUCUUCUUGUGGUAAACAUGGAUGAGAAUAUGUGGACAGAAGAAUAUGAAGGAAACAUGACCGGGAAGAUGAAAUUGAGGAAUGCAGCACACCUUUCGUAUAUGACUGUAACUACCCUAUGGAGCUUCAUACCCUUUAUGCUGUCCCUGAUAUCUUUUCUGAUGCUAAUCUUUUCUCUGUGUAAACAUCUCAAGAAGAUGCAGCUCCAUGGUGAAGGAUCUCGAGAUCCCAGCACCACGGUCCACAUAAAAGCUUUGCAAACUCUGAUCUCCUUCCUCCUGUUAUGUGCCAUUUUCUUUCUAUUCCUAAUCGUUUCAGUUUGGAGUCCUAGGAAGCUGCAGAAUGAACCAGUUUUCAUGGUUUGCAAGGCUGUUGGAAACAUAUAUCUUUCUUUCGACUCAUUCAUCCUAAUUUGGAGAACCAAGAAGCUGAAACACAUCUUUCUGAUUUUGUGUCAGAUUAGGUGCUGAGUAAAAUACCUGAAACUCUCAACUCUCUAGAUUCACAAGUG